CAUGACUCACUUCGUACAAAAACAAAGCCGUCAGCUUGUCACCUCGGCGCAGAGAGACUUUGCGGCGUGUUUAUAUAUUUGGACAUGGCGCAGGCGGGUGUGUUUCUGGAACAUGACCAGUUUAACUGCUCGAUCUGUCUGGAUGUGCUGAAGGACCCUGUCACGGUCCCGUGCGGCCACAGCUACUGUAAAGCCUGCAUUAAAGGCUACUGGGACCAGGAUGACUACCUGGGGGUUUAUGGCUGCCCCCAGUGCAGGCAGAGCUUCACUCCCAGGCCUGUGCUCGGUAGGAACACGAUGCUGGCAGACGUGGUGGAUAAACUGAAGAGAACGUCGUUCCUCCAGCCUGCUUCUUCUUCUUCUUCUCCUCCUUCUUCUCCGGUUAAAACCGAGCCGAGUCAGGCCGAGCCGGGGGACGUGCCGUGUGACGUGUGCACCGGAAACAGAAACCGAGCCGUCAGGUCGUGUCUGGUCUGCUUGGCGUCUUACUGCGUGGAUCACCUGAAGCCGCACUACGAAUCCGCUGCGUUCCAGAAGCACAGCCUCACAGCGCCGAGCUCCAGCCUGCAGGACCGCCUGUGUCCCCGCCAUGACCGGCUGCUCGAGGUCUUCUGUCGGACAGAGCAGCGGUGCAUCUGCUAUCUGUGUUUAACCGACGAGCACAAGGGCCAUGACACAGUCCUGGUCUCCAUAGAGAUGGCCGAGAAAAAGGACGCUCUGGCAGAAACACAAAGGAAAUCCCAGCAGAGAAUUGAGGAGCGAGAGAGGGAGUUGCAGGAGCUGAGGCGAGCCAUGCAGUCUCUCACUCUCUCGGCGCAGGCGGCUCUGGAGGAGAGCGAGCGGAUCUUCACGGAGCUGGUUUGCUCAAUAGAGCGGCGACGGACGGAAGUGAAGGAGCUGAUCUGCACGCAGGAGAGGAUGGCCACGAGUCAAGCCGAGGAGCUUCUCCGGCAGCUGGAGCAGGAGAUCACUGAGCUAAAGAAACGAGAUGAGGAGUUAAGCCAGCUUGCCCAAACUGACAACCAGAUCUCCUUCCUGCAGAGCUACGGGUCAGUGUGUAUCCAGCCUGUGUGUAUGGACGUCCCCAGCAUCACAGCGGACCCUGGUUUUGAAUGUAUGAUGAGCGCAGUGUCUGAGUUCCAAGCCCUGCUCGAUGACGUGUGCCAAGGUGGAUUUGUCAAUAUUUCAGAAAAAGCCAGUGAAGUUAGAAUUAUUCAGAAUACCAAGUCAAAGCCUGAUGCGGAGUCGAACACAGAUCUUCAGACACCUUCAGUCUUUCAAGCUUUUGUUGGCCAAAGCGUUUUUAGUGCUGCAGUGCCAUUUGGUGGUUUCACAAUGUCCUCAGCAAUUGGCAGCAGAACGGCUCCACGACUGAGACUUCAUCAGCGGAGGAGGCGGCGGUAGCGCCGCAUCUGUCCACACUAACACGUUAAGCUAUAUUUAAAUGUAACUGACAAUUAUAACUUAUAUGUUUAAGGAUGUUUCUUAUUUAAAAAAAAAUCAUAAAAAUUAGUAAGAUAAUUUACUAUAUACAAAUAAAAGUAUUACAGACACCAGAUUUAUAAGUGUUUCUAUUUAAAAACAAAAUGUAAAUAGAGGAACAAAAAACAGGAAGCGAACAAGUUUUAAGAGAGCCUGUAUCAUUCUGUUUAAAAAAUGAUUGUAAAGUAUUUAUCUACAGUAGAAAUGUGACUGUACGUGCUAUGACUUAAUUUGAAUGAUGUGCAGAAGUUAACAAAUGUAAUGCAAAACUAAUCAUAGCUUUAUUGUUUGUGGUUUGAUUACACCAAGUUGUAUUUAUGAAGCUUUGUGUUAAGUGCUUUAAUGUUUACAAAUUAAUGUUUUUGUUUUUUAAAUAACCGCAAUGCCAAGUGCAAAUUUUUCAUAACAUGAAAAAUAAAGUGUGUUUGCAAAUG